AUGGUUGCUGUUAUCUCUAAGAAAAGAAAGCUUGUCGCUGACGGUGUUUUCUACGCCGAAUUGAACGAAUUCUUCACCCGUGAAUUGGCCGAAGAAGGUUACUCCGGUGUCGAGGUCCGUGUCACUCCUACCAAGACCGAAGUUAUCGUUCGUGCCACCAGAACCCAGGAUGUUUUGGGUGAGAACGGUCGCAGAAUCAACGAGCUAACCUUGUUGGUCCAGAAGAGAUUCAAGUACCAGCCCGGUUCCAUUGUCUUGUACGCCGAGCGUGUCCAAGACCGUGGUCUAUCCGCGGUGGCCCAAGCCGAAUCCAUGAAGUUCAAGUUGCUCAACGGUCUAGCCAUCAGAAGAGCUGCCUACGGUGUUGUCCGUUACGUCAUGGAGUCCGGUGCCAAGGGUUGUGAAGUCGUCAUCUCCGGUAAGCUAAGAGCCGCCAGAGCCAAGUCCAUGAAGUUCGCCGACGGUUUCUUGAUCCACUCCGGUCAACCAGUUGCUGACUUCAUCGACACCGCCACCAGACACGUUCUAUUGAGACAGGGUGUUUUGGGUAUCAAGGUCAAGAUCAUGAGAGACCCAUCCAAGAACAGAGUCGGUCCAAAGUCGUUGCCUGACGCUGUCAAGAUCCUUGACCCUAAGGACGAGGAGCGUAUUGCCCAGCCUUCCGUCAAGGACUACAGACCAGCCCCAGAAGCCGCUCCAGAGGCCGCUCCAGAGGCUCAGGAAGCUGCUCCAGUCGAAGCUUCUGCUUAA